UGUGAUUCCAGCGAACCAUGGCGAGAGUCAUUACACACAUGUGGAGAAAAACAUGGAACUGUGGUACACCUUCCAGAUGUGGCCAAUCUACCAAAAUUACUCCAAGAGUGCAUCAAUGGAUCAUCCAUGAGAAGACAAAAUGAUGGAUGGUAGAUUCCACGGAGCUUCUUGCUAAUUAGCGCCACCUUCAUUUGCACUCGUUCCUCCCCUUCUGCAUCAUCAGACUUCAGCUCGGGUGUCCACAGAAACUCUUCCUGGUGCGGUCCGCUGAACUUUGCUGUUGCAGCGUUUUCAUAGCCCCACGCUCCCCUGCAAGCGUGCAGGUCUGCAGCAGCUAUCAGCCGCCGGGCGAAGCUCUCAAGUUCCAUCCAGGGGAGAAGUCUUUAGCUGUGACGCUUUCAUGCAUCUGCUUGCAUUCCUGUGUGGUUAAAUCCAUCACCAUGAAGCACCAAUCUAUCUCCCGCUGGCUGAGCCAACUUGGACUGCCGCAGUACUGCAUGGUGUUGGAGCAGGAAUAUGAUGGUGUAGAGGAUCUACUCCACCUAUCGGAAUAUGACCUCCUGGAGCUUGGCGUCCACAAUCACCUCCAUCGCCUACACCUCCUGACUUCCCUGCACCUCCUUCAAGAACGAGAGAAGAGAAGAGCGAGGACCCAUCUGUGUGGACAUGAUUUGGAAACCCACAUCAAGCUCAAUCCAGAGUUAAGGAUGAUGGCUGAGGGGCGUUUUGCCAGUCUGCCCAGGUCCCUACAUGCACAUCAUCACACCUUGGGAGGAGGUUCUGCCCACUCUGGAGGGCCCAACACUUCCCUUGGUGGCCCCAGCAAUGGCCCCUGCUCGCCCCGAAAGCUCACCAUCUCCAUGGAUCUCCAUGGCUCCAAUCCUUGCCUCCCUUCAGGACAGGCAGGCAGCUUAUCUGAAAUUCCCAGUGCAGCCUACCAGCCAGUCUCACUGCAUGGAACUUUGCCUCGUAGCAGAAGAGGAGGAACCAACAUCAGCCAGAGCAACAACACAUGGGACCCAAAAACCAAUCAGGCACAGCCAUUACUUUCCAGGAACACAUCACUGCCUUCAGGUCACAUCCUUCAACCCAUGACAUCCUCGUUGGGUCGGAAUAUCACUGAUGACUUCAAGAGUAGCAGGGAUCCUGUAGCUGCCCUGGAUGCUGCAGUCGACUAUGUUAAGUUUUCCAGGGAUCAGUUUAUCCUGGACUGUUCCUUGGAGAAGCUCCGCAGGGAGCUGGAGGAGGAGCUGAAGAUGAACUGCGAGGAGCCGAGAAGCCACGCUUGGUACCACGGGGCAAUUCCCAGACAGGUUGCAGAAAGCUUGGUGCAGCGUGACGGAGAUUUCUUGGUGCGGGAUUCACUCUCCAGCCCAGGAAGUUACGUUCUGACCUGCCAGUGGAGAAACACUGCUCAGCACUUUAAAAUCAACAAGAAGGUAGUGAUACUGAAUGAAGCUUACUCCAGAGUUGAGUAUCAGCUAGAUAAGGAAGGAUUUGACAGCGUUCCUGCACUCAUUAGACGCUAUGUUGGCAACAGAAAACCCGUCUCACAGGUGGUAGGGGCCAUCAUCUUCCAGCCGAUCAACAGAACGUUUCCACUGCGCUACUUGGAGGAAAAGUACGGACUGUCGAGCAACCACAAAGACGCGGGGCUGAUGGUGCAGGAGAGGCGAAGCCAGAACCGUCUCAGCCUCAACAUCCCCAACGGGCACAACGACACACACAACGUCCACGAUGGCCAACAUUGCCAGGACAACGGUUUCGUCCGAGGCAGCCAGCUGAGGAUGAAGGACCGCUGCGGUAGUCAGCCAGCAAGUCUCAAUCAAGUCCAAGAGAAGCGACGUCCGCUGAAGGCACACCAGUCAGAAAGUUUCCUUCCUCUAGGAACCAAACCGCAGCUCCAACAGUCCCCGCUGGUCCCCAGCACCGGCCCCAAGUCUCCAGUGUUUCGGACCGGCAGUGAGCCGGUGCUGAGCCCAUCACUCCAGCGCAGAUCUGCAGAACCUUUAGCAGGCCAAGCGAUUAGGGGCUCCGACACCCAGCUGUGUCCCAAACCCCCUCCCAAACCUAGCAAAGUGCCCCUGGCUCGACUUCCCCGCUCACCCUGCCUGCAGCCCCUGAUGCCCCCCUCCAGUUGCUCUACCUCCCCCAACCUGGCUGCACCUCCUCUAAGCUCUACAUCUGGGGAAAACCUGGCUUCUUCCUGGAGGAGUGGAGGACCACCUGUUCCUCCGGUGAAGCCCCAGAAGUUUCGACAUAUCCCUUUUGCAGAUUCUCACGUUCCAUCCAGUUCUGCUGUUUCCCCUCCUGAAGUUGUUCAGUAUCCUGAUUCAGAGGUGAUAACAGGAAGGAUACAGCAGCUGCAGCCAAGCCCUGCCGACCUGAGGUCCUGCAGCCCACAGGGAUCAGAGUGGGAGCAACCAAAGUCGCAGAACACACCCCUCUGUAGCUAUGUGGAGAGGCUGAAAACCGACAGCGAGGAGGGACAGAAAACACUUGACAGAAGCUCCUACCAUCACGCCAUCGCAGCCUUAGAAAGCACGAGUGAGGAAGAGGAGGAGGACUCAGGGAAGGAUGAGGGUGGGGAUAUUAGGAGGAGAGAAAAGGCGAGACAUGCUUUUUUACAGCCGGUCAUGGAGACAGAAUCAACGUUCAUGCCAACGGAGUUCGAAUCCCGUCUUCUGCCGCCUGAAAACAAACCGCUGGAGAUGGUUGUCCUGAAGAGAGCAAAGGAGCUGCUGCUCAGCCACAAUCAUCAGAGUAUAGCCAGACACCUGCUGAUGGCCGACUGUCAGGUUGCCAGGAUCCUCGGAGUGACUCCACAACUUAAAGGUCAGAUGGGCGUUUCGUCUGGUCUGGAGCUGGUGACGCUGCCGCACGGCCGGCAGCUGAGGCUGGACCUGAUGGAAAGGCACCACACCAUGGCGAUAGGCGUUGCUGUGGAUAUUCUGGGAUGCACGGGCACCGUGGAGGAGCGGGCGUCCACCUUGAAUCGCAUCAUCCUCGUUGCGAUGGAGCUAAAGGAUGCUGUGGGCGAUCUGUUCGCAUUCACGGCCCUCAUGAAAGCUCUGGACAUGCAGCAGAUUAGCCGCUUGGAGGAAACCUGGACAACUCUACGAAGGAACUAUACGCAGACUGCCAUCAGCUACGAGAAAAUUCUCAAACCUUUCUACAAGAGUCUGUAUGAAGGCGAAGCCUCCUCUCCUUCGGUGGUCUGCUUCCCUCUCCUCCUCCCUCUCCUCACCUUGAUGGAGCAACCAUCAACCACACCCGAAGGGGUGGAGCUCUGGGAGACCAGCGACCAGGGAUGCGACAUCAUGUUGCGCCAUCUGGAGGCUGCUCGUGACAUCGCAAACAACGCACAGAGCUACACAUCCAAUGCAGUGACGAUCCUAAAAGGGUUUCAGUGUGACGAAGAUCUGCUUGAAGUUUUUAAAACGGACUUCCAGCUGCGGCUGCUGUGGGGGAGCCGCGGAGCAGCUGUCAACCAAUCAGAUCGCUACAACAAGUUCAACCUCAUCCUUACUGCGCUGUCCAGGAAGCUGGAGCCCACGACCAAAACAAAAGCUGUAAUCUAACCACCCUGCACACUUUGGACUCUGUAUAAAGUGGAGCAAAGUGACAAGUUAGCUGAAGGAUUAUAAUUUAUCACACAUCUGGAGUUCUGCAGCACCUGAACCUACUGAAAGCAACUCUAUAGUUUCCUAAAACAAAUUGGGGAAUUGGAAAGAAUUCCCACCUGUUGAGCUAAAGAAGGAAAACGCUGUUUCAACCACUUGAGCCACAAGCAAAAAGUUUCUCUCUAGUUCUUUAUUUUCUGUCCAGCCCUAACUGUUUUACGUCAGUUUUAUUUCCAGUUUAUAAUCCAGUAUUACAUAUUUACUCCAGCAUCUUCAUGCAGUCUGUACACACACAACUUUUCAUGUCUGUUUAAAGAAAGGAGAAAAAACAAUGAAGAUUUGUUGUAGAGCAACAUGUUAAAACAGAGACUGAUUCAGUCUAAAGAAAGAUAAUAGAGCAGGACACGAGGGUACAAAGAUACAGACCAGAAACCAGAAAACAAACAAGCAGAAAAGCUCGGAGCUGAACACUUAGAAAACUGCUUUAUCAAACAACCAUUGGGUUUUAUUCUGACAAGAAUUGCUGAUUAUUUUCUAUUUCUUAGCUAUUUCCAGAAGUACAAAAACUGCUUUGCUCGACAUCAUCAUGCAAAGGUUAACCAUUCGAGGAUGAACGAUGUGCUGGCGCGUCGAAAUCAACAUUUCCAGUGAAAUUUAUUCACCUCCACCGUCAACAAAAACAGAUCAAGUACAGAAUGCACUGCAGUAAAAUGGGAGAGAACCCGUUCAUAGGUGGCGAGAUUUGAUUCUGGGUCUUUAAUUUAUUGUAUAUCUACUAAAUUGUUCAUAUUUUCCACCAGUUUCAGAGCUAAGAACAGUUUGUCCGCUUGGACAAAAGUGUUUUUAUGUAAGAAAUCUGCAAAAUUUCCCAAAAAGUGUCAGAAUUUUUCAUCCAUUGGUUAAAACAAUCUUUUCUCUCUGCUUUAGCGUAAAAACCAACCUUUGUAUGCAUAAAGCGGAGUAUGCAAAACAUUCUGAUAUUUAGCACAUCGGUAGCAUGAGAAAUACAAACCUAUAAAAAAAAAGGAUGAGUAUGAAACAUUUCCUCAGUUUUCCAGAGUGUGAAGUAAACUUUGACCUGUGCCCAGAUUUAAAUAAGAAAUCAAGAAAUAAAUGUUUUAAAUCCCCUUGACUGUGGUCCACAACAAUAAGAGGAAGAAAAAUGGAAAAUGGUACAUUUUUCACACAUUAGGCGAAUGAUUACACUAGGACAGAAAUGGAUGAAGCAACGCAGUGAUAAAGGCUCUCCUUGACAAUAAAUGGACAACUUCUCUUUCAGCUGUUUUUAUAAAAUAUGUAACCAAUUAGGUUUCUGCAGUAGUUCGUUACCAAAAAGUGUAAAACUGUUUUUCACAAGAAUCAGAGGAAAACUUUCUGUAUCUAUGAAGAUUUUAUUUAAUUCACUAAAAAGAAAAUCACUAAAACAUUAAAGUUGUACAUAUUUAAUGCAAAUUAUUAGACUAUAAAUAUUUUAAGAUGACUGACUGUAAAAUAAAGUGUGAAUUUUAAUGUUUAUAUCAUGAACGUCUGUCAUAAAAUGUAAUAAAUACAAUUUAUGAUCUGA